CGUGACUCUGCCCCCUGCUAAGGAGACUGCACACUUGGAGAUUCGAGAAUAUCUCUUGAGGCCAAUUCAAGUUUCUGCCAUUCCCGAAUCCCAUGGUGCUUUGAAAGUUCAAGCAUUGGACUGGGGGGCGAAGUUCUAAUGUGGAACAGCAGGCCUUCUAUGUGCGCAGGAGUGUCAAAACCCCUUCAGCUUCUGACGCCCCUUGGCGGUUCGUCACCGUUCUGGCCAUUGGGAGGAGGCAACCACGCGGCUCUAAAGAUUGGGUGGCAAGAAGGCAGGCACCAUGGAGUUCUGGGGGAUGGAGCUCCUGCCCAAGCAGGCGAAGCCAAUCACAUGCAGUGAGAACAGCUAUCUGCAUUUGACGCAGGCUGCGCUGGGGACCAACCCAAAGGACGGCGAGCGCGUCGUCCUCCAGAUCGGUUUCGAGAAGGAGAAGUUCGUUCUCGGGACGCUCGUCAAAUCCACCUGCGACCAGAUGCACCUGGACCUGCUGGUCGACAGGGACUUCACUCUGGAGCACACUGGCAGCACCAGCGUCUUUGUGACGGGGUAUGUGACGGCGGCCGACUUGGAAGAGGGAGAGGAGCUCGAUGAUUUGGAAGAGGAGGAGGAUGAAGAAGAGGACGAGGAUGAGGACGAGGAAGGUGAUGAGGAGGAAGAGGCGGCGGUGGUAAAUGCGACCAAAAGCAACGGAGUGCCGAACAGGAAGGUUGGCAAUCAAGCAGCGGCGGCGGUUGCAAAGGUAGCCAAGGCUGCGGCCAAGGCGGAGCCCAUCAGGGUGUCAGGAGUGAUUAGAAAACCUGAUGCGGGCGACCUAGAGGAGGACGAAGAUGAGGACGAGGACGACGAAGACGAUGACGAUGACGAGGACGAUGAUGAAGGCGCGGUGCUGCGGGGCGCCAAGGAGUUCGACAUGGACGAGGACGAUGACGUGUCAGACGAGGAUGAUGACGAAUUUGCGGACGGGCUGGCGGACGAGGACGACGACGAUGACGACGAGGAGGCCGACUUCGACGACGAUGAUGACGACGAGGAUGACGAUGAAGAUGACGAGGAGGAUGACGACAUGGACGAGGACGAGGAGGGAGUGGAGAACGUGCAGCCUCCCCCCAAGAACGGGAAGCGGCCGGCGGCUGAGCCCAAGACGCCGGGUACGCAAAAGAAGGCCAAAGUAGACGCCACGACACCGAAAACUCCGGCAGCUGCUCCUAGUGCGAAGAAGACGCCCGGAAAGGACAAGACGCCGGCCCCAGCCAAAACGCCCAAGACGCCAGCCGCCUCGGGCAGCCUAGGCAAGUACCAGUGUGAGCCGUGUAAGAAGAACUUCACGACAGAAACGGCUCUGAGCCAACACAACAGUGCAAAACAUAAAUAAAGUAGUGCGAGAAGCUGGUAUUCGAGAAGGGCCUUUGCCCAAGCAAGAGCUGUUUGUGUCUCCUUGCAUGCUUCAUAAAAUGCUGGCGGAGGCUUUGCAUUGAGGGGCGACGGAAAAGGACAUACAGGUUUUCAGCUAGCCGGCUUUUGGUGUGUCUCAGCAGAUGAGUCAUAGGUCGUGUCCCUACUGAUGGUGCUUGUGGGUGUUCAUAAAUUGGCACGGAUCAAAAUAAUUGUUUGCUUGUAGGCUCAAGCCCAAUACAAAGAACAUGACACGCAGUUUUUUCAUACACCCCAGAUUCUGUGAGGGAAGACCGAGAGUAAGCAGUAUCAAUUGUCCUCGAUAAGGUCGUAUACUUUUCGAAUAAUGGAUGAGGUGUUCCUUUGUUCCUCUUGACUGUUGCGAGCCAGCCGUAGGCCGCACAUGCAUGAAAACUUAAGAUUGCA